AUGCUUACAGUAGUUGUUGGACUUUCUGGUGGCAUUGCCUCAGGCAAGUCGACUGUUUCUCGAAUCCUUCAAGAAAACCAGAUCCCACUCAUUGACUUGGAUGUUCUUGCCCGCGUUGUCGUCCAAAAAGGAUCACCCACGCUGAACAAGCUCGUCAAGGAAUUUGGGCCUACCAUCUUGAAUCAGGAUAAAUCAUUGAACCGUGCAGAACUAGGUCGUUUGGCAUUCUCUAGCAAAGAUCGUACUCGUGCAUUGAACAAAAUUACCCACAGCGCCAUCCGACGCGCGUUGGUAUGGCGUCUCCUGCAACUCUGGUUCACUGGAACUAGACGUGUUGUAGUGGAUACGCCACUGCUCAUCGAGGCCGGCUUGUACAAGUGGUGUGCAGAAAUCAUUAUUGUACGAUGUGAUGAGUCUCAGCAGCUGAAACGGAUGCUCCUGCGUGAUCAAGAGAAAGGCCUUACAGAGGCAGAUGCCAAGAGCCGUCUUGCCGCACAGAUGCCUCUGUCGAAAAAGGUAUCUUACGCAGAUGUGGUCAUCGAGAAUGGCGUCGAUGCUAAUGAGUCAUCUCCGCCUCGUCUGCGCGCCCAAGUGGGCGCGCUUGUAUCCCGCUGGCGCCAUGAAUCACGACGCACGUCUUUCAUUGUGCUCUGGCUUCUUAGCUGGCUUGUACCACCUUUCGGACUGCUAUAUGGGUUGGUCGUUAUAUAUCUCCGCACACGACGUCAAAAGCGACGCAAUAACAGCAAACAGGCCUGA